GCGCUCCUUUCAGCAGAAACCCUCAGAGACAGCAGAGCUUCUAGGACGGAAGCCAGCGAGAACCACAGCAAGAACCGUCUCCCUUGGUGUAAACAUGACUUCCAAGCUGGCCGUGGCUCUUUUGGCAGCCUUCCUGCUCUCGGCAGCGCUGUGUGAAGCUGCUGCUCUGUCCAGGAUGGGCACAGAACUUCGAUGCCAGUGCAUAAAGACACACUCCACGCCUUUCCACCCCAAAUUUAUCAAGGAGCUGAGAGUGAUUGAGAGUGGACCACACUGUGAAAAUUCAGAAAUCAUUGUAAAGCUUGUUGAUGGAAGAGAGCUCUGCCUGGACCCCCAGGAAAAGUGGGUGCAGAAGGUUGUACAGAUAUUUUUGAAGAGGGCUGAAAAGCAAGAAUCAUGAAAAAAAAACCCAUGCAUUCUCCAUACUCUCCAAGAAUUCCUCAGUAACGAUGCCAAUGAAACUUCAAACAAAUCUACUUCAGCACUUCAUGUAUUGUGUGGGUCUAUUACAGGAUUGCCAGAUAAAAUACAAGGUGCCUGGUUAAAUUUGAAUUACAGUAAAACAACAAAUAGUUUCUCCAUUGUACCAUGCAGUAUCUUGGACAAACUUAAAUUUAAAAAAAAUUAUUUGUUUCAGUGUACACCAAACAAAAAAAUUUUUUUAAAUAGAAGAAUUUAUUUGUACAAAGAACAAAAUUGAAGUCAAAAGCUAGGCGAGUAUCUGCCCUCCAAUUUCAAGAACGGAAUGCGUUUGCUAGAACUGUGGUGCUUCGAGCAUCACCCGGAAAUAUGGAUGUCACAUGGACUAUGAAUUUUCCUGUGCAUUCAAAUUUGGCUGGAAACCUUGCAUUUUUUAUUUGUCCAAGAUCCAUGAUUCCCUGUUCAACUGUGCCUUGGUUUCUCCUUUAUUUCUAAAUGGGAAAAGUAUCAGCCACCAUCCUACCUCACAGGGAUGUUGUGAGGACAUAUGGAAGCACUUUAAGUUUUCUCUGUGGUCCUGUACAUGAUUUUUAAGUUUAACUUAUUCACCUAUUUAUUAUUUAUAUAUUUAUUUAAGAAUCAAAGGUAGUAAUAUUUGUGCAUGAAUUUGGAAAAAUGAGAAAGGAAGAAACAUUGUUGAUGGCAUAGCUAUAAUGAUAUAGUGAAUUUAUAUUUAUGUUAUAUAUUAAGUGAUGUUACAUUAGAGAAUUUUUAAACGAGGUUUUUCAGAUUAAGGAAAAAAAGGAAAAGGACAUUCAGUUAAAUUUUUAUUUCAAAUAACAAUUAGUGAUUUUUUAGAGUACACACAUCAUUAUUUAUCAGAAAUUCUAAUUAAAAUGACAAUCCUACUUUUGAUACGCCUGGUCUUUUCUUGUCAUUGCCAGCCUUGUUCUGCAGUGCUGUGCUGAAUUACACAAUCCUGAGUGACUGUCUCAAAACAGCAAAAAUUCACCAAGUGAUAUUAGCAAAGUAAUUUCUUGGUGGCUGAAACUUAUUUAUUAUCUACAAAUAGAUAAAUUCUCAUAAUCUCAGAUACAUUCUCACAUUCAAAUGAUUGUGUUUUUCAACACCAGGCUUUAUUUUUCUUUUUUUAACUUUAAGAGGCUUUUAUGUGUUCCCAAAGAUUUUUGCUUACUAUUUUUGACAGUAUGGAAAUAUAAACAUAGCUAAAAAACAUUUGAAAUAUAAUUUAUUAUCAAAGUCAUCAGGUGUUUGUCUUUCAUUUAUAGUUUUAAUUUGUUGGGA